GUAGUCCAGGGCCAGGCAAUUCCCUAUGCAGUGGCUUUGUCUCCACGUUCAAAAGAUCAGUUUCCAUGUGCUCUUCAUUAGUUUACGGCUCCCACACUCUUUAUUACUCUUUUUUUUUUCUCUAAAUUUAUUUCCCUUUUCAUAAACCCCUCUUUCUCUCUCUCUCUCUCGCUCUCCAGUACCCAUUUCAUCUGAUUGUGUCUGCAGAUCGAGGGUUAUGUGUUCACCGCGAUUAAAUAUACUCAAAAACCUAUCAGCCCAAUUUCAGUUUGAGCUCCAUUAUGGGGCAUAAAAUUAAUGCUCUCUGAUUCUCAACUUUCGGGGGCUUUCCGAUUGGUUCUCCCCUUCUACUUGCUUCCCUUUUUGGGGAUUUUUCUCCUUUUUUCCCCAUGAUUUUUUAAGCAAUCCCUCUGCGGCUUUGUGGGUGUUGAAGAAUAUGAGGAACUUCUCCCUUUUCCCUCCUCCACGACACAUCGGUCAUCCAACUUUUCGAUUGAUUUCUGGCCCUGUUUUUGAGGUGUUCUUGUAGGCAGCACAAAGUACAAUCGAAGCUCUCAAUCAUAAACAUGGAAGCUGGGAGUAGAUUUUACUCUGCUACGGAUGAGUUCAGAUUGGAAGCGAAAUGGCUGAUUGAUCCCAAACAUCUCUUCGUCGGACCUAGAAUUGGAGAGGGAGCUCAUGCCAAAGUUUACGAGGGCAAAUAUAAGAACCAGACUGUGGCUAUCAAAAUUGUUCAUAAAGGGGAAACAACUGACGAGAUUGCAAAGAAAGAAGCUCGGUUUGCUCGAGAGGUUGCAAUGUUGUCUAAAGUUCAACAUAAAAAUCUUGUCAAGUUCAUUGGUGCCUGCAAGGAGCCUGUAAUGGUGAUAGUAACCGAGCUUUUAUUAGGAGGGACCUUACGAAAGUACCUGCUGAAUAUGCGUCCACGGUGCUUGGACACACACGUGGCAGUUGGUUUUGCACUCGACAUUGCUCGUGCUAUGGAAUGCCUGCACUCUCAUGGGAUCAUUCACCGCGAUCUGAAACCUGAGAACCUAUUGUUGACUGCAGAUCACAAAACAGUAAAAUUAGCUGAUUUUGGUUUGGCAAGAGAAGAGUCAUUGACGGAGAUGAUGACUGCAGAGACGGGGACGUACCGUUGGAUGGCUCCAGAGUUGUACAGCACCGUGACACUGAGGCAGGGGGAGAAGAAACAUUACAACCAUAAAGUGGAUGCCUAUAGCUUUGCCAUUGUGUUAUGGGAACUGCUACAUAACAAGUUGCCAUUUGAAGGCAUGUCUAAUCUUCAGGCAGCAUAUGCAGCUGCUUUUAAGAAUGUGAGGCCUAGCGCGGAGAAUCUCCCGGAGGAACUAGCCGAUGUUCUAACAUCGUGCUGGCAGGAGGAUGCAAAUGCUCGUCCAAAUUUCACCCAAAUUAUCCACAUGUUACUCAAUUACCUUUACACCAUAUCACCCCCCGAGCCCGUGAUUCCUUACCGAGUUUUCACUUCUGAGAAUGCGGUGUUUCCUCCCGAGUCUCCUGGAACAAGCUCGCUGAUGGCAGUCCGUGAUGAUUCAGGGGACACCCCAAAGGCAAAAAUGGAAAAUAAGCCCAGAGGUUGUUUCUUCUGCUCCAAUGACUGUUACUAAGCUCUAGAAUGGUGGAAGAAAAAGCAACAGAAGCUAAGUGCAGAUUAGGCAGAGGAAUAACCUGUUUUGUAUCUAACUAAUUAUGCUUCCCCACCAUGUAUCAAUGUGUAGGUGGUUUUACUUUUAGUUAUGUUAUUUAGUAACACAGCCUAAGCCUUACAUCAUAUCAUGGUACAAAUAGAAUGGAAGAUCAUCCUCAUGCUUGGAUGUAAUAUUUUGAAGAUUCCACUUCAAAUCAUUGCUACCAGUAAAGGAUCAAUAAAUUCCACAUGCUGAAUUAAUGCUGCUC